AUGGGUCUUGUUUCACUUGCUACGUCCCUGUUGGCAUUUGGCUCUGUUGCUACUGCUGCGAGCCUGGCUGAGCGCAAUGGCAACAGCAAGAAGCUUACAUCAGCCGCCCAGGGCUUGUUCGAUUACUCCAUGGAAGUAACCGACUCCAGAUUCGACUCUAGCUACGGAUAUGUCUGGUACCAGGACAAUGGCCAGUGGUCGGUCCGAUUUACUGCCUGGUAUAUUCCAGGGUUGUUGCACCGCGGAAAGGGUGAUGACAUCAAGACUGCCACCAAGGCAAUUGAGAAUGUCUUGGCAAAUCAAAUGAAUGGCGACUUUGACUCUGCCUGGUAUGGCACCUUCAAGCUUGCUCCAGAUGAGCCAAACCCCACCCCAAACGGGCCACUGUACCCUCCUUCAAUUUACGGGACUUACGAUCCUAACUGGAGAGAAUUCGUCGGCACCCAGCUUAUCCAAGUUGUUGAGGAGUUUGGCCACCUUCUACCAAAGGGCCUUGAAGCUCGCAUUGAAGAUGCGCUCGAGGCAGCUGCCAUUGGCGGCAUGCGUCGAAACGGAUCGUUCCCUCAGGACGAUAACCUGAUCCUGGGCUAUUCCAACCCAGCCAUCAUGCGAGCUCUCACAACUGGAUGGAUCGGGCAGCGCAAGAAGAACCAAGCUCUCAUCAAGUUUGCUAAGGAGCAGGGCGAGGAUAUUCUCAAGCUAUUCAAGCGAGGAGGCCAGAAUGCCUUGUCUGAGUACAAUGCGCCAAACUACUAUGGUAUCGACAUCUGGGCUCUUGCGGCCAACAUUGCCUAUGGACCAAAGGACGCCCCCAUGACCAAGAAUUCCAAGUUCAUCCUGCAGGAGCUGUGGAAGGAUAUUGCUGCUCAUUAUAACCCUUACCUCGGCAACAUGGUUGGACCUUACGAUCGAGCCUACAGUCGCGAUGCCACCACUCAUUCGCAGAUUCUGUCCAUGGUUCUCUGGGGUCUUUACGGACGCGGUGUGGGAGGUCAGCCCCCUCUUGGAGAGGGUGAUCUUCUCUACGACGUUGCCCAAGGUGCCGCUAUUGCGCUUGUUCUUGAUGUUGUUGCACCUACAGUCUCCAAGGACGCGCAGGCCAUUAUCAAGGCCAAGGGCAAGUGGAAGGGCACAAGAUUCAUCAACAAGACUAUUUAUGAGGAGCUUGACUCCAACAACCCCCGCCACAUCACCUCUUGGCUCAGUGCUGAGGUCAUGAUCGGUGGUCAGACAGUUGCAGAGACCAAGAACAGGGGCAACCAGUACGUUCCAGCUAUCGUCCAGUGGGCUUCAGACCCUUCGCACAAGCCCUACCCUUACAUGGGCUUCUUCUCGCUGUACCCAAGCGCAUCAACCUUGACGGCAAAGGCCGGUCCCAAUCGCCUAACAGUGUCUUACCCCAACACCACACAGGACGGAACUAACAUCUUUACAUUUGCUUUGACUGGAAUUCCACCUUCUUGGACUCUUGGUAACAAGAACGUUGUUAAGGGCCUGGAGAAGCUGCCAUGUCUUGAUGUUAACGUGACAGCACCGGGACUGGUGAAGCAGGAUGUGGUUUACGGAGCUACACUGAGAGAUCACUGGAUCUAUAACAUUUCGUAUGUGGUGCCUAAAAGUUUCAAGGGGACCCCUAGUGUUACUCUCGACAUGGACUACACGUGUUAG